CAAAUUACUACACGCAUCUAAAUUCUUAGCACUCCUCCGACCUAUAAUACCCUUUUCUAUUUUCAUUGUUGAAGCUCACAAGCAAAGGCUAAAGUAGAUUAGAUUCUCCUCAAGCAAAACCUAGAGCUCCCACACUCCUCCACUACUUAGAAUAUUAAAAGCCCCUUCCUUCAUCAAGGUACUACUGUUUCAUCUUCCCUCAAAGAUUGGAACAACAACAGGAACAUGGGUACUCUAACAACUGUUCCUGUGCUCCCUUCUAAGCUUAACAAGCCUUCGCUUUCUCCGCGUCACAAUUCUCUUUUUCCCUACUACGGAAGACGCGUCGGGAAGAAGAACAAAGCAAUGGUUCCUGUUGCUAGGUUGUUCGGGCCAGCCAUAUUUGAAGCCUCAAAGCUUAAGGUUUUAUUCUUAGGAGUGGACGAAAAUAAACACCCAGGAAAUCUCCCAAGGACUUAUACUCUAACCCAUAGUGAUAUAACCGCUAAGCUCACCUUGGCAAUCUCUCAAACCAUAAAUAAUUCUCAGUUACAGGGGUGGUACAACAGAUUGCAAAGGGACGAAGUGGUGGCACAGUGGAAGAAGGUGAAGGGAAAGAUGUCUCUGCACGUACACUGCCACAUCAGUGGUGGUCAUUUUCUCUUAGAUAUAUUAGCAAGGUUACGAUACUUCAUCUUCUGCAAGGAGCUACCAGUGGUGUUGAAGGCGGUGGUUCACGGCGACGAAAACCUAUUCAACAACUACCCAGAAUUGCAAGAUGCCUUGGUUUGGGUUUACUUUCACUCAAACAUUCCAGAAUUCAACAAGGUGGAAUGUUGGGGCCCACUGAAGGAAGCGUCAGCACCAAUAGGUGGGGCCAAGGAAGAGAGUGAGCAAGAAACUCUUCUAAGUAAGGAGGGCUUGGCAAUUCCACAGCCAUGCCAAGAGGAAUGCGAAUGUUGCUUUCCACCGCUGACGUUAAGCCCAAUUCAGUGGUCUCAACAAGUUCCCAGCCACCAUUACGAACCUUGUGAUGGGAUUGAGACCCAACAAAGUCUAUAAACUUCCAAACUAUCAUACACAGAAAAGAAAAAAAAUAAAAUCACAUCACAGUUACAGGGAUGCUGGCAAAUUCAUAUGCCAUUUCCCUGUAUACAUCAUUAGGACAAAUCAAAUAUUCAAAACCCAUUUCAAUGUAAAUAAGGAAGCUCGUAUUUGCAAAAAAAAAAAAAAUUAACUUUCUUUGUUAUGAUUUUUCUUUCGUAAGAAAUUAAAUUAGUUCGUGUAUAAUAUUUCUGUGUGCAUGAUUAUAUCUAAGAAUUAAACAGAAUUUUUUUUUA